UGCUCGAAUCUCUGCGUGAAUGUUAUAAUAAUAUUAAUUAUCAGGGGCAAAAUAAAUAGUCCUUGGUCAUAAUUAGGUCAUUAUAUUAAAUAGUAAUCUAGACACGUGGGCGGAAGUCAGCGACGUCAUCAAAACAGUGAGACAGGAGGAGGGAAAACAGCUCGUCAGUGGAUGUGACACGCUUACAAAUACACAGAUAACAACCCAGCAGGCAGCAGGACAUCAUGAUCCGGCUCCAACAACGUGUUUAGUCUACUCGAUUCAACCGGACAGCGGAGUUUUGUCAUAUUUUUCUCCCUUCCUGAGUCCUCGCAGGCAGCAGCAGCACCACCACCACCAUGGUGAAGCAGUCGGACCGAGCCCCGCUGCUGGACUGGGAGGAGAUCCCACCACCCGAUCCGAACCAACCGGCUCCGCCGCCGCUGCCUUCUCAGCCCCGGGAGGAAGGCGCACCGCCGGAGAAAAGUUCGCAGCCAGCCGUGCGGCGCGCACCAGCGGGCAUCGCGGCUGGUACUGGGUGGAGCAGUGGCUGCGGCACCAACACCAACACCAACACCGCCACCGCCGCCAUCACCUACAGCCCGACGAGGAGUGUAACAGCUGUUGUUGCCAGCGGGGACGGAAGCCCGGGCCGUCCGCGGAUAGGGCUCUCUGGGCACGGGUGGGAUCGCCCGCAGCCUCUUGGUACGGAUCACAAUGUUCACUUCCCCGGCCUCUCGGUGAGGGAUCAGUGGGAGGAAAAAGACCAGAUCGUGGCUGUGUUUGUGGUGACCUUUGAUACGAGAUCAGGGAAUAUGAUCGAGUGGUGCCUGCCUCACGACAUCAACCUAGACGGAGUUGAAUUCAAGUCGAUGGCCAGUGGUUCCCAUCGGAUCACCAACGACUUCAUAUAUUUCCGUAAAGGCGGCUACUUUGGGCUGGCCUGUUUUGCCAACAUGCCCGUGGAGAGUGAGCUGGAGCGAGGAGCGAGGAUGAAGUCUGUGGGAAUUCUGUCUCCCUCCUACACUCUGCUUUACCGCUAUAUGCACUUCCUGGAGAACCAAGUCAGACACCAGUUGCAGUGUCCAGGACAGUAUUCUCCACUGGAGGCCUUUUAUGAGGAUAAGAAGGCCGUCCUUCCCCCUACAGGAAAUGGUCUCGUCACCUCUUGCCCAACCUGGAGUGUCACCAGCAUCAACCGCUGCAUGCAUCCAGAAAUGAAGAUCACCCAUCCGGCUGGCUGCAUGUCUCAGUUCAUUCAGUUUUUCGGGGAGCAGAUAAUGGUGCUGUGGAAGUUAGCGCUGCUUAGGAAACGUCUCCUCAUCUUCUCCCCUCCACCUGUAGGUGUGGUCUGCUACAGAGUGUAUUGCUGUUGCUGCCUGGCCAAUGUCUCCUUACCUGGAAUCGGUGUCUCUGUGCCUGAAUUACGGCCUUUCUUCUACAUCAACAUAGCUGACAUCACCACCCUGGAAACAGAGAUGUCAUAUGUGGCCUGCACCACAGAGAAGAUCUUCGAGGAGAAGAAGGAGCUGUACGACGUCUACAUUGAUAACCAGAAUGUGAAAACGCACAGAAGCCAUUUGCAGCCGCUACUUCGACUGAAUGCAGCAGAUAAGGAGAAGUACAGGAAGCUGAGCGAACAGAGGCAAAUGUUGCUGUACUCUCAGGAGGUGGAUGGAGAUUGCACGUCAAACGAAGAGGAUCUUUUCAUCCUGUUCUUCAUGGAGAUGAAUAACCGCAUCUUCCAGACCCUGUCCGAGGUAGCAGGGAGCGUUGAUCCAACCCUCACUGCUGAGCACGUGAGGGCCAUGGGGCUGGAUCCCCAGGGCGAUCGCUCCUUCCUGGUCGACCUGCUGGAGGUGUACGGUAUUGACGUCACACUGGUCAUAGACAACCUCUGCUGUCCCUGAGCCUCCUCCACCUGGGGAAACUCAAAAACACCACUGGAUAUUUGUGCCUUCAAGGCCCGCACACACACACACACACCAAGAUACUAAAGACACUGCCUCCACCCUGGAACUUCCAUCUGUUUGCCUCCUGUCCCCUCUUGGGUGUCUGUUUUCCCUCUGUGUGCUUCUCAUCUGACCUGUGGAGACUGUUUUCAACCAGUGUGGAUGAUGAGGACACUUGGCGUGCUGGUUCACAGUGGCUGAUGAAACACCCGCCUGGCGGACAGUGACACAGGGCAGCAGUGAGCUCACACCGUAUGUCAUGUUAUGUUUUUUUUCGUCAGAAAUUUUUGUUUGUGUGUUCUUGUUUGACUUUGAUUCCGGCUAACGUGGCCAUGACUGAAGCACUGGAUAAAAGUAUAGACGUCUUGAUGAAGUGUGGUCAUCAAAGCAGGAUGAUUUGUCGUUUCCCCCGCUGCACCAGUCACAAUGAAGAAGUCACUGAAACUUUGGGGGCCACUUAACGUUUCGUCUGAAGAUUCAGAUUAUGUGGGCAAGUUUUAAUGCUGGAGUAAAUCUGUGUGCUUCAAAUACAUUUUCUAGGAGACUAGCUGUCUUAGUGUGCUUUCUUGUUCUGACGAAGCUGCUUUGGGAAUUAGUACAUCGAAUGCUUUUUACCACUUUAUUUGCCUUUCAAAAAGGAAGCAAUAGGAGUCUGUGUGUUAAAUGAUCAGCCUUAUUCACAUAUCUCUGUUGUUGUUGUUGUUGUUUUUGCUAUUUCUUUCACAACUGAAAGUGAGCAAUGAGGUGAUAAACGUUUGUUAAUGAGUGUGAUAUCCUCUUUUUAUAACCGGGAUUUUAUUAUAAAACUGACUCAGAAUGAGACGGGAGAUGCUGGUAAUUACUGAACGUUCACCUUUAUGCACCUUCAACACGAUAAUGUGUGUGACAAAGUGUCCCUGUGUUUGAUCACAAGUGACGGAGGCGAUCUGGAGACUUUUUUUUGUCGUGUUACGUGUUUUACGUUCACGCAUCGUGAUCAGCUGAGGUUCUCAAAUUGUCGAUGAAUGUGACUCUAUAACACUAACUUAUCAUGAAUGCUGCACCAUGUCCACCACUGGACUAUUUCCUGAUCGUGCUUUACUUUUUUUGUUAUUAAUGCCUUGUUUAUGACUUACAAUCUGAGCCAGCAAAGUGGUUAUGGAGUGGAGGGUGUGUGUUGUUCUGCAUACAGGCUUUCAUUGUUUGUUCUAUUUACUCAAACCAGAGGCUGGUUCAUCAGAGGAAGCUAGUAUAUCGUCUGUGAUCCUGUUGAAUGACGAGUCCUUGAUGGAGGCGUUUGUAGUUUUACUUGUCGAUCAGCUUCAAAGAGAUCGUCCCCCUCCUGUCUGUGUCCUCGACAAAGAUCUCUUUGUGGUUUUGGAGUUGUGUUGUUGUCCUGAGCAGAAGCUUUAACUCCUUCUCUACGGGCAGAUUCGCAGAGUCUGUUCCUGCUGAGGGUUUUUCUAGGCCUUUUCAUCACAGUACCAUUGAGGGAAUCCAGCUUUAGAGAUGGGCCAACUGUGUCUUUUUGAAUUUACCCUGGCAGACUGAUAUAGUUCAUCCAUCAAGUUGCUAAUCAGAGUGAUAAUUUGUUCCACGUUGGAACACAUGAGGCUGAUGCUUGCCUCGUAUAUACAUUUCAAGUAGAGGUUCACAACCAUUUCAUGGCCUUCCUGAUUCAAGCUAAAACACCAAGUCGUUUUUUAAAAAGCAUGUCUUAUUAAUUCUGUUUUUUCAUCAUCACAUUUCAGAAAUUAUCUUUUGGGGCUGAUCUCCAGGUUGAGAACUACUGAUGGUCUUAUAGCCUGUAAUGUUUUGUCUUGACUGCCCCCAAAGAUGUUUUCUGGGUUGGUUAAAACAUUUUUAAAACGUGCCACAAGAAUUGUAUUUAAGAGAGAAGGGCACUUAAGCUUUGUUGUUUAAAUGGGGCCUUAAAGAAAUGUGAUUUUUCUCAAACGUACUGCAGCAAAGUGACGGACUUGUUUCUGUAAGUGCGUCAACAGUAUUUGCUGAAAGAUUAAUUUCAUUGUCCUGAGCACUUCUGAAUGACCUUACUGUCUCCAGUGAAACCUGUUGACUUUUACUGGUCUAUUUACUCGUCGGGAGACGAAUACUUCUUGCCUCUGACGGUGUUUGCUUUACAGGUGUAUGUAAAUGUCCACAACACACACUAUUGUAAAAAAAAAAAAAAAAAAAAUGCCUUCUUUGUGGAGCCUCUCACAGAUGUGUACCAGCAUUAGUUAAAUCGUUUGUACAGUGUGUCACUCUUCUGAAUGUCAAAGACGGCAAAAGUAUUGCACACAUGCAGCAACACAUCCAAGUUUCCUUUUCUUGAUUGUAAUGUAAAUCAAGAGUAUUCACAGAAUAACAAAUAAGUCUUCACCUUUAACUAAUGUGAAACACUGUAAGAGAUGUCAGUAAAUGUACACAUGAACUCAAUAGCAUGAGCAACUUUUAUUCUCACUGUACUGCCAUUGUAAAACAAUAAAACAUUGAUACAGUUUAUGUGUUAUCUAAUCA